GCGUCACAUCCUGUGGAAUAUUCCAGCAGGUUUAUGUUGCACUUUAAAAGGACGCGCUGAAAGUGCGGCUGUGAAGCUAACAGCUUUUGUGCUGGUUGCCAGAGACAAUCAUGAUCCUCCUGACUUCCUCCUCUGAUGAAGUCUCUUGAACUCGCCUGGCUUUGGAAUCACAGGAAGUUCAGGGUGAAAAACACUUAAAGGGUUGCUACUGCAACAUUUAAAGAUAUUUAAAUUUUGCAGGCCAUUACCUAUGCAUACUGCUUUGGACAGCACUAUGACUUGAGAAAAAAGAAUAAGUCUCAGAAGGGCGAGGCUGAUGGCAAACAAAGAUUUCUUUGGAUGGAUUAAUUAUAAAACUUCACACAUUUGUCGAAGAAGCUUUUGGCAGGAGGGAGGCAGCGUCAGCAGUUUUCAUCUUGCUGACUAAGACAUUAAAUGCACCUUUCACUGUUCAUACUGUAAAUAUUUUCCUCACAACAAAAAUACAAAUCAAGCCUCAAGUAGAACUAUUACUAGUAUAUGUUUAAGCACAGAUACAGUGCUGUGAUUUCUUGUAUUUUAGUGAGUCAUACUAAACGGGGCCAGAUAAUCAAACACAAUUUAACACAGAGCAAAGGAAAUUUGAGUAAACACAAAUGCAAGUUUAAAAUGAUAAUUGUUAAAAUAUUGUUCUCUAACUAGGCCUGUGGAAAAUAUUGUUCAUUAACUUAGUUACUAAACCCAUAAAACUACCAAACGAUACUACCAGCUGGUUGUAGAUAGACAGAUGGAGAAGACUUGGGACAGCAGUGAAUGUUCAUUUAAGUAGCCCCACUUCCCAGAAUAAUCCAAAAGCAUGGCGAUAAUUCAGCUAGAAAGUCAUAAAAGAUUCAGGGAAUGUAUCCAAGAGUCUAUCUCACCUCAGUGAAGGUGUUUUAGGUAUUCAAGACUCCAAAAUCAGAGCAAAAAAUGCAUUAACCAGAGUGGUGUCAAGAACACAACUACUAACUCAGAAUAACAUUAAUGCUCGUCUGAGCAUCUUGAUGCCCCUCAGACCUUUUAGAAGAAUGUUUGAUGGACAGAUGAGCUGAAAGUUAUUGUGUGGAGGACAGGCGUCCUUUCACAUUCAGUGCAAAGACGCAUAUCUAGCUCAAGCAUGGAGGUGGUAGUAUAAUGUUGUGCGGAUACUUUGCGUCCUCAGAGACAAGGGGAUUUGCCAUAAUUGAGGGAAUUGAGCAUAACUGGAAUGUAACAAGACAGUGAUCUCAACUCUUUAGAAAAUACUACAAAAAUACAGCCCAAUUAUGACAGUAGCACACUGUUUUUGUUGUUGAUGCUUUUGGUUUGUUUGUUUACAAAAUACAGCUAAAAACUAACUCUGACUGACUUUUGCAAGCACAAAAGCAGAAUGACCAGGAGUUUACUGUGAAAACUGUUGAUGUGAACUAAACAAAAAGUAACAAUUGAUUUAGGCAUCUAAAAUAUCAUUACCAACAUUACACUGAUGACUCUAAGAUAGGCCGUUUUUUCCCUUUCCAUUUAGUAAAAUUCUUCUUGUUUUGUGAAACAGAUUUAUUAGGUCACAAUUUGGUCAUGCAUUAUUGGCUUUGAAUAAAUAUGUUAUGAUUCAUCCUUCAUUGUUUUAGGUAUAUGCAUUUUUACAUGUUAAACAGUUUGUAAAUCUCAGUUCUCAAUCAUAAAAAUUGAAGACACAAUGUUUUUUUUUUUUAUGGUCUGCAAUUCAUAGAGGUGUUUACACAUUUUAAAAAUGUUGCAAUUCACAAGCAACUGCAUUUACAGUUAAUGUUAAUUAGAAUGUAACACUAUAUGAAUACUGUAUAUUGUUGGACAGUAUUUUAAUUCUAUCAAUUAUGAUACUUUUUGCUUCAAUACAUGCAAUUACCAUUUACAUCUUGUUUCAUGGUUACGCAAGUUGCCUUUAACGUUAAAUUUAGUUCGUCAGUUCAGUAUGAGACAUACACAAACAUAGAUGCAAUCAGGAUGUAGUUAUCUACUCUUUUCUGUAAUUCCCCUAAAAUAUAUUGAUGAUAAAACUCAAUGCAGUUUCUUAUUUGAAAACAAACUGUGUGCUAUAAAAGCGAGUAGACCAGGUGAGGUUGUAGAUUCAUCUCUGUGCUGCAUUCUCCAUUAAAGCCUGGGCUGCAGUGGUAUUCAUAGAUUUGAGCAGUUAGCUAUGUGCGAGCCGCUGCAUUGUCCUCUUUUCAUGUCAUUAUGUUCGAUCAGAGUUAAUAGGCUAAUUGAUCUCACGUCUGGUAUGUGUCAAUGCAGUAGGUCUGACUCACUCUCACUAUAGCCGAUGGUGUAUGUGUUAGUCCUCUUAAGUGUUCACAGCUUGUUCCCCACACCAGUAUCUGUGUGUGUGUAUAUGACCUCUUGUAAGAUCACAUUUGAGUGCUAACACUUCACAUGCAUCACUGUUCAGAUUGUAUUUAUUUCUGCUGAUAUUGAAAUUGAUUGCAUGUCACUGUGGCCAUUUUUUUUUAAAAGAAUGCUAAAGCAUGUACAAUAUGAACAUUACGCAGAUAGAACUGAUAAUGUAAUCGUGGAUAAUGAUGCAUGCUGUGGGCUGCACACACCUGAAUGAAUGUACAGUAACAAAUGCAUUUUAGUGAUCUGAAAAUGGAUGAAUAUAUCGUAAGGUUGGUCUCCGUCCAAAAAAACAUGCGUCUUGGUAAGUGAUAUUUCUUUUACAUAAGACAGGGGAGUCAAUUUUGGAGCGAUAUUUUGCUUUUAAUGCAAAAAAGUGCAGUAUGGGAUUCCAUAUGGAUUGCUAUUAUAUUGUAUCAUUCUAUUAUACUUUUAGAAUUUUUACGGAUUCCUGCUUUUGUCCCAACUGAAUUUUAAAUCGGACUGAGGUAUAAAUAAACUAUUCCAAUUCAGACACAUGCAUUUAAAGGUCAGCUGGUGCGGUCAUCCAAUCAUAGUAGCGGUCUUGCUGUUUUUCUUAAACCAGAGCAGAGGUUGUUGACCUUAGACAACUACUAACUGCUUGUGCUCUUUGGUCUCAGGUGUCUUCCAGUGUACCAACAAGCUCUUUCUGAGUGAUCAGUCCACAGGAGUUCAGAUCAAGGAGUUUGCACGUAAAAAUGCAGCAAAUGCUCUGUCAGUUGCCAACAUGGUCAUGGGCAUGGCCUCCAUUCUCAGCAGCCUAAAUGGGCACCAUCAUGCUGCAUGCUGGCUCGUUCUGAUUGGCUACCUGCUGGAUUUGGCAGAUGGAGCAGUUGCCAGGCGACUCGAUGCCUGCUCUGCACUGGGUGCAAAGCUGGAUGACUUUGCUGACUUCACCACCUUUGGGAUUGCCACAUCAUUGCUUCUGAGGACAUCUGACCUGCUGGACAACAUCCUGUGCAUGUGUUAUGUUCUGUCUGUGUUCGUCCGCCUUUGUUUCUUCUCAAGCGGGAUCCCCUUCAUGUACCGUGGCCUGCCCUGCAUCUACUCGUCGGCCAUCCUGGCCAGCGCUUCCUUGCUGUCAGGGGGAAACAUGGUCGUGUUGCGGGUCAUCGCAGUGGCCAUGAUCCUCUUCAUGAUCAGUCAGAACUUCUAUCCCCAUGACAGAGUGCUGGAGUCCCAGGCCUGGAAAAAAGUAGUCUAUGCUGGAGGAGUCAUCAUGGUGUUCUGCUCUUUCUUCCCUCCUGCAUGUGUUUACUACCUGCUGUGGUCUGUCUCCUACAUUUUGUUCCCAACAUCCCUUUGGAGCAGUAAAGUGUAAAAAAGCUGGCAUUGUCCAAAAACUCACAAAUAGGUUUACCUUGGGCCCGUAUGGGUGAACUGAGGCCUCCAGACUGCUGCUGCUCCCUCCAGCCAUGGAGCUAAACAAGCUCAUGCAUCACAGGUGAACACUUGCUCUAUUUAACCUUUGUUUUGAUGUGACACCUCUAAGACAGAACCCGGACUGAAGAGAGUUGGGAUGAGGAGGACAUUUUGAUGUAACUGGUGACGAUUAACCUUCAUGCUGUCUGCUGUAUGUGUUGCAUUUUAACUGGAUGUAGGGGGUGUGUGGCUUGUUCUAAAAUCUGAAUAUUUAUAUGGUUUGCCUCCAGUUUAAUCUCCCUUCUGCAGUAUUAAUCCAAUCUUUCAUCAGUGAUGGCAAAUAUGUGGCAGCAGGGCACAUUUUCCCACAGGAUCAUACAAAAAUCAAUGUUUUCAAAGGAAAUGACAGCACAGAUUUGGGGACAUUUCCUCUCAUGAAGUUCAGGUCAGGCUUUUCUGUUAUAUAGAGACCUGAAAUCCAGUGACGGAUAACUUUUGCUAUGAAGUUUCUGUCAUCAAUAUGUUUUAAACAGGUUAAAUUUGAAAUCAAAUAACCACAACCCCAGCUUUUGUAAAUUAGAGGCCAAUAGUUAUUUAGACUUUUAGGUUUUUAUUAAGUUAUGUCUGUCCACAAUGACAUGUUAGAUUUCCAUAUUUCUUCUAUGUAUGGUUUUAUUUUGUGUGUUUGCCUCUGUUUUAAGAGGCGUUACAGUUUAAAUAGUAAAUCCACACUGGAUCCCUGUCGCAUUUCACAGUAUUCAGACGUCACCAAAGGUGUUUUCAGUCACUUGUCAGAACACCUGUGGUGGCAUUAGUAACUGAAGGGAAAUAAAAAUGCAAGAUGAACAGAAGUUGCAUCUCAAAAAUAUCCCUGCAACAACAGUUUUCUGCCUCCUGAAGAUGUGACUGUAUCCUUCAAGAGGCACAGAGGCUGUAAACCCUGUGUUUCCUGCCAUCUAGUGGGCAAAAAUGUCACCUUGCUACACAUUCUGCCUCACCUUAAAGGUGAUUUAUGAAGUAGCACUAUAGUUGCAAGCACAGGGCAGCAGAAACUUUAAACUGACAGAGGUUAAAGGAGGAAAGAAUAAGGGUGUCACUAUUCUUUCACUUGGCCAGUAUUACGUCUAAGAGACGUUGCUUUUUGUAGAGCAGUUCUUCAUAGCCUGGACUUUUUUUGACAUCACUUGUCGUGUUUCACAAUGGUUAUUUUGUGUCUCUGCAUUGUGAGUGAGAAAUGGGGAAAGUAUAUAGUUUUAUACUGAACUGCUCAGAAGUCUAAAGUAGAUAAUGGUACAGAAUGACAGUAAAUGUGUCAGCAUUCAGCCCUUAAAGCUAUCAACACCCUAUACUUAAAUUCUCAUCAAUGAUGACCCUUUUAAAAAAACCUCAUCCUUGAGCUUGUACUCAGAGGUGUCAGAAACCGUAUGAAGUUGAAUGAUUUCAAUGAUUUGAACCCUCUGAAAACUCAGUCAUAGCCAUUUAUGAGUUGUUUAUGAGUCUGCCUUGUAAGAGUAUUCUGACAAAAUGCAGCAGAAAUUCUUCAUUCAAGACCUGUGUUGUAAAAAAAACAAAAAACAACAUACCAAUGUCAUGUUUUUUGAUUCCGUACCGAUUUAAACUCGCUGUAUUAGUAGACACGGUUUAUGAUAACAGGUGCCGUGAAGAAAAUCUACAAUGUGAAGUGCAUGGACGGGCUGAACACAAAUCUACUCUAGUACAAUCGGUAGUAAAUUCAGAUUUCCUGUGUGGGUGUUUUGGUUUUCAAAUCGUGAACUCGCAGUAUUGUACGCCUGCCAAGAGCAUUAUAGAUACAAAAACUGUACUUGCCCAAUACUGGAAAAAGUGGGAAAGAUAUUCAUGAACAGUAAGAUCUAGGCUUUUGAGUCUGUACGUUUCGACAAUAAAGAGGUAAAAAUAAAA